GGGAGGAGGCAGGGUGAGCCCAGCGCCCGCACAAAAGGUGCUGGGGACCAGUGGCUCAGCUCUGCCCCGAAGGACAACAGAAGCAUGGCUGCCUGCCCUGUGCUGGGUCUUGCUGCUCUCCUCUUCCUCUCAGCGCCCCAGGCCAGCUCCGUGGUGCAGUAUCGACGGCUGGUGCCAGUGGUGCUUCUGGAACCCCAAGGGAGGGACUGCUCUCAUAUCUGGUUGGAGAGCCCCACGGCCCGCAGUGGCGUGUACACCAUCCAGCCAGAGGGAGUCAGCACCCCCUUCAAGGUUUUCUGCGACAUGCGCAUGGACGGUGGCUGGACGGUGAUUCAGAGCCGAGACCGGGGCCGGCGGCGGCCUCUGGACUUUGAGAGGUGCUGGCAGGAGUACAAACAAGGCUUCGGAGACCUGAGAGGUGAGCACUGGCUGGGGCUGGAGCACAUCUCUGGCCUGACCUCCCAGCCGGGCCUGCGCUCGGAGCUGACGGUGGACCUCCUGGGCCUGGACAACCACACACUUCAGGCCCACUAUGAGCACUUCCACGUGGACGGGGAGGACCAGUUUUACCAGCUGACCCUUGGCCCGUACUCGGGGAAUGCAGGGGACGCAUUCCGAGGCUUGGGCCAGACGGACAACCAGGAGGGCUGUGGCUUCAGCACGCUGGACCGCGACCAUGACCGCUGCUCGCCCUGCACCGAUGGCGCCCAGACCUUCACCAGCUGCAGCCACGAUCGCUCAGGAGCCGGUUGGUGGUACAGUGCCUGCGGCCACGCGGACCUCAACGGGCCAUGGCCAGAGCACACGGGGGCCGCUUCCGGCAUGCGCUGGGCCGUGGGCAACCACCAGCCCGCCUUGCGCGCCAGCGUGCUGCGCGUGCGCACCACUGCUUCCCUCAAGGCCUAGGCCCCUGCCCAUCCGUGGCCGAGCCUCAUUAAAUGUUCAA